AUGAUUUCAACAAAAAAUAUCCCUGAAGGAGCCAUCGAUGGCAGGCAGGCUGUAGCUAGUCCUCCGGUUGGUAAUGUUGUAUCAAGACCAACGCCGGAAUCUCAGUCCCAGGAUCCGCGAAGGUAUCAACUCGACCAAAUGAAGAGGCGCUAUUCUCCUAUCCAAAAUACGCUGCAAAACGGUACAACAAAUCUCUUCUUUAAACUCAAACCAUCUGAUCCGGAUUUUCCUUUUGAAUUGGAUCAUCUAGAAUGCGAACUUCAGGUUCCAGCAUCAUAUCCAGAGAAACCUCCCGUUCUUCGUGUAAAGAAUAAGGAUAUCCCUCGCGGAUUUGCCGUUAACAUCGAGAAAGGAUGGGAUAAACUCGUUCGGGAUAGUCACGACUUCACCCUUCUAGCAUUAAUCAAUGCCUUGGAUAGAAAUCUCGAAGGAUUCCUUUCUGAGCGAAAAGUCGAAACUGUAACUAUGGUAUCCUUCAAAGAUACACGACAUCUCGAUAGUUUAUCGACUGCAUUAGGCGAGACUUCAAUAUCAGCAGCUAAGACACCGCUGAAGCCAGCACCAGCGCCCCGUAAGCCCUACGUGCCAGAGGAGUCUUUUACAGAAGAACAGAUCGUAGAGGCAAGAGCGAGACGAGCCGAGGACACCGGGAGACUCGAAGCGCGAAUGCGUCGGGUGCCUUUCUACAAGAAAUCGGCAGACGGGGUAGUUUAUACAUUACGUCUACGACCUACUCAUCCAGCAGAAUUACCCUCUCCGUUGAAGUUUAUCCAAACAGUCCAAUUAAUCGUUCCCUUACUUUACCCUUUACAACCGCCGAAGAUACUCAUCAAUAAUGUAUCAUCAGAGGACGCUGAGCCUCUGGAGGAAGCAUUCACGAAGAAGGCUGCUGAGCAGAAACAUUUCCCCUUGACGACGCAUUUGAAUCACUUCGCGUGUUCGAUGCACCUGAUAGCUAAAGAAUGCGGCGUAGGAUCUAAGUCUAAAUCUACUAUCCCCCACGAGAGCCAGUCGGGUGAUGGUACAGGCAAACAGGAGAAAGCUUCUGCGAAUGUUGGUGUCGGUGGCGAUGAGAAAAGCCAUAUUCAUGUCAUUCCUCGUCCUCCCGAAUGGGAUAUCGGCAACGCUGCUGAAGGAUCAGAAGAUUCUGAUAGCGACUACUGGGACUCAGAUGACGAGUCCGACGGUGGUGCCGCCGUCGACACUGGAAGUAAGGUCCAGAGUAAUAGUCUAGUAUUCCCACACGGCGAAGAGCACGUCGAGAAGGGCACCGCGAUAUCGUUCCCCAACGUCGAAUUAUACCGCGUCGACCUCCUCGAGAUAGCGGACCUAUGCCUUCAAGUUAAGUGUCUACGAUGCAAGAUGACGAACGCGGCGUCACAUCUGAAGCCACAUGUGGAACAGAGGGGUAGUUGCACGAAAUGCAAGGCGUCGCUGGCGUACAGGUUCCGGCCGGAGUUGGUGCAUCAGAACUCCGCUAGAGCCGGGUUCAUCGAUGUAGCUGGCUGUACCGUCAGCGAUAUGCUGCCUAGCACCCUAACCCCGACCUGCGGCCACUGUUCGCAGCCCAGCCACCCACUCCUCGCAGUCCAAGGCGAGCAAAUCAUCAACAUCUGCCGAAACUGCCACUCACGCUUCCACUUCACACUCCCAGCCAUCAAAUUCCUCGCCAUCACCCCCGGCACCGAGCCCCCGCCGCCAGACCCCCACCGACGCCGCGUCGAACACCUCGGCCUGCAUCUCGGCGAACCGCUCCCGCAACGCGGCACGUGUCCGCACUACCGCCGCUCGUACCGCUGGUUCCGGUUCGCGUGCUGUGGGAAGGUGCAUGCGUGUGAUCGGUGUCAUGAUGAGACCGAGGAUCAUGUGUAUGAAAGAGCGGAGAAGAUGGUUUGUGGGUGGUGUAGUCGGGAGCAGAGGUUUGCGGUUGAGGCUUGUGGGUUUUGUGGGAGGGCGGUGGUGGGGAAGAGGGGGAGGGGAUUCUGGGAGGGUGGGAAGGGGACCAGGGAUAAGGGUGUCAUGAGUAGGAAGGAUAAGAGGAAGUUUAGACGGGUUGGGGGGAGUGAGGGGGCGAGGGAGAGAUGGGUUUAG